AUGGUAGAAAAUUUAAGAGAAGUAAAAUGUCUGCAAAAAACAAGUCACUGCUUUCUCGAAAUCUAUCGGCUAGAAGUGCAAACGUGGUUUAAUGGACAAUGUGAUGAUUUUGCUGCUUGCAUCCAUGAAAGCGAUUAUACAGUUGAAUAUGGCUGUCAAGCAACAUUUCAUGGCGGUGAUCGUUGCUGUUGUCGCACAAAGAAUUGCAAUUUUGAUCGAAUUUUAUCAGAAAGGCCAAGCUUUCGUCGUUUUCUUCCAGUCGAUGAUAUUAAAACAGAUGAAAUAAAGAAAGCGGUUAAAUGUGGGAAAAAGCAAGAAAAAAUUAGUUGGGACUGA